UGGAGGGUUUGCUGCAUGGAAAAGCGGAAGUUGAAAGAUGGAGGUGAAAAAAUGAAGAAGAAGAAGAAGAAGAAGAAAUAUGAUUCUUAUGCCAAGAAGAAAUCAAAAAAGUCCAAGUUUCCAAAAGCUGGCAUAGAGCUGCAGACUCGGGAGCUGAACAGCCAGAUCCGGUCAGGGGUGUACGCCCACCUGGCUGCUUUCUUCCCAUGCAGUAAGGACACUCUGGUCAAGCGUGCCCGUAAGCUUUAUCUCUACGAGCAGGGUGGCCGCUUGAAGGAACCUCUACAGAAGCUAAAGGAAGCCAUUGGAAGGGCCAUGCCAGAGCAGAUGGCCAAGUACCAGGAGGAAUGCCAAGCCCAUACUCAGGCCAAGUUUGCCAAGAUGCUGGAAGAGGAAAAGGACAAAGAGCAGCGAGAUCGAGUUUGUUCUGAUGAUGAUGAGGAUGAAGAAAAGGGAGGGAAGCGUGUCAUGGGACCGCGAAAGAAAUUUCAAUGGAAUGAUGAAAUCAGGGAGCUGCUUUGCCACUUGGUGAAGAUUAAGUUGGAUGGUUAUGACCUUGACAAGAAUAAGGCUCAGUCCCUAGAGGAUUAUGUGAAGACCUUCCUAGAUGGAGAGGUGAAGCCCCUUUGGCCAAAAGGCUGGAUGCAGGCCAGAUUUUGACUGGGUGUGGGACAACCAGUCAAAAUAAGUCGACGGCCACCCUGCUGACCUGCAACAACCGCAAGGUGAACUUCCACAUGGAGUACAGCUGUGGCACUGCCGCUAUCCGGGGGAACAAAGAGCUGGCAGUUGGGCAGCACUUCUGGGAGUUCAGGAUGACUUCCCCAAUCUAUGGCACAGACAUGAUGGUGGGAAUUGGGACAUCGGAUGUGAAUCUGGACAAGUACCGCCACACCUUCUGCAGCCUGCUGGGCAAGGACGAGGACAGCUGGGGACUGUCCUACACAG